CGUCAAUAACAGCGGAUACAUACCAUUGAGCCCCACAAGUGGAGGUUACACGAGGAGCCGGUUAGUAUUAGUUAUAUUGCCAGAGCGAAUCGGUGCUAUCGGACAUGGCUGACCAGCUAACAGAGGAGCAAAUUGCUGAAUUCAAGGAGGCCUUCUCCUUGUUUGACAAGGAUGGUGAUGGCACGAUCACAACUAAGGAGCUGGGCACAGUCAUGCGGUCACUGGGACAGAACCCCACAGAGGCAGAACUGCAAGAUAUGAUCAAUGAGGUGGAUGCUGAUGGAAACGGAACAAUUGACUUCCCAGAGUUCUUGACAAUGAUGGCCCGGAAAAUGAAGGACACUGACAGUGAGGAAGAGAUCCGUGAAGCUUUCCGGGUAUUUGACAAGGAUGGAAACGGCUACAUUAGUGCAGCAGAGCUGCGCCACGUCAUGACCAACUUGGGUGAGAAACUGACAGACGAGGAGGUGGACGAGAUGAUCAGAGAAGCAGAUAUUGAUGGUGAUGGCCAGGUCAACUAUGAAGAAUUUGUACAAAUGAUGACUGCAAAAUGAAGCUCUCCAGAUCAUUCCUUACCCUUCUUAGAA